AGUACACAGCAGCAAUAGCUUGAAGCCAGUUGUAUCACUGCGUUCUAACCCGAACUUGACGUUUCAAUGCAUCAAUACUGAUAUACAUAUGCUUUAUAUUCGUUGGAAUUUAGGUCUCGUGUUUUAAAUUCAUUUAGCGAUGGCUGAGAAGCGUGAAUCAGAGAAAGCUUCAAGCUCUUCACCGAACCUGAUAUGUCCAUUAUGUCUAGAUAUAUUUGUCGAGGCGACAAUCCUGACUUCAUGUGGACACACAUUUUGUAGGCGAUGCCUCAAUAAAUACGAUCUAACCCACCAGGACCUUGAUCACAUGGUCUGUCCUCUCUGCAGGGAGAUCAUCAAGUUGUCCCCCAACCGUGUCGAUGAUCUCCGCCUCAAUAUCUCCAUCAACGGAUGCGUAGACGAUUACCACGCCAAGUGUGGAGGGAUGAAUGCUGUCCUCGGGAUGUGCCAGAAAUGCACCGCUUGCAAGUCUCAGAAAGACGCCGUGUCAUUCUGCAGAACAUGUAAUUGUUAUAUGUGUGAUGAGUGCUUACAUUGCCAUCAACAUCUUACCACGUUGUUUGACGGUCAUGAGAUUGUCUCCAUGGAUGAUGUCAUCGAAGGAAAGGUCAGCAUUGGUGAUUUAUUCGAGAAGUGCUCCGUCCACAAACCAGAGAACAAGGAUAUGUUUUGUGAGGAUUGUAAGGUCCACGUCUGUCACAAGUGUGUACUUGUUGGUCAUAAAGCUCAUGAAAUCAAGAACCAGGUUGACUUUGAACAGGAGUUGCGACGGAAGGUGGAAGACCUUGACCAACGCUCUGCUGACAAGAAAACAGAGCUGGAAAAGAACAUUCAAAACAUAGAAAUACAACGUAAUGAGGUACACACUGCAGUGCAGACACUACUAGAUGAUGUCAAGCAAGCCUACACCAUCAAGGCCGAGGAGCUGGAAGAAAAUCUUCGAAAUCUCAACGACCAAAUAAAUGCCUUAAAGCAUAGUUUUGAUGACGACCUCAAUGUCUUGAAGUCAAAAGAUCGUCAGAGGAUCAAGAGUAUUUGUAGUUCAAUUACUUUGGUAGAUAAUGACAGACUGGGUCAUCUUGAGACAGACACUCUAUCUGCUCAUAUCUUGCUCUGUGAGGAACUAGAAGCCAUGCUGAAGGAGGCUACCGAUCACACUUCUGCGUCAGCAAUUACAAAGAAAGCAAAGGGGAAGAGGUUCAAACCAGCAGAUGAUACUCGUCUUGACCUCGGGAGCAUCUCAGAAUAUACAGAUCAUCCAUCUACGGCAGCCAUAAAGAAGAAAUCACAGGAGAAGAGGUUCAAGCCAGCAAAUGAUACUCGUCUUGACCUCGGGAGCAUCUCAGGAUCAGACCCCAAGAUGGAAGUCAUUCAGUGCGUUAAUCUACGGUCAAUUAUGUUGGGAAUGACACGGUACUCACAUAACAGUGUGGGUAUCGUAUAUGGGAGGUUUGCACAUGGUAUUGAAAUCAUUGAUUCAAAUGGUGGUAAGCAGCAGUAUAGUAACAUACCCAAUGACGGGGAAUAUUAUGAUCUUGUCUGUCAACAAGAUGGAUCUUUAUGCGUAUCGCUUCACGGUACUAAAGAAGCCUACAUAUACUCCCCCCUUGGCUCCAGGAAGGCAACAAUCCAUGUGGGAGACAAUACUAAUAAUCUCAGACUUAACAGAAGUCCAUCAGAUGAAAUCAUCAUUACUAACUAUGGAAACCAAGUAUAUAUCUAUGACCCGACAGGAUCCACUCUUAAACACACUGUUCAAACAAAACACAAGGCGGAUCAGGCAUCUACCACCAGGACGGGUUUGAUCGUCACGAGUUCAUGUUGGGGCAAUCCAAGCGUGGUGACGGUCUAUGGCAGGGAUGGGAAUGCUGGUGAGUCUCUACAAACUCCAAAGGAUGUCUACCUGUAUGCUGCCGUGGAUGAGCAGGACAGGGUGUAUGUAGCGAGUGUUGAUUGGCAGAAUAGGAAGGUGGUGAUCAGGCUCUAUGAUCUUGAUGGUCUGAACCUGAAGGAAAGAGUUGAGUUCAAAGCACUUGAUAUGACAUUGGGUUGGGAGUGGUGUUACUUGGUCUCCCUCUCCCCAUACAUGCUCGCCUUUGCAUGUUUCGAUAAGUUAUAUUUCAUCAAGGUAUCACUGUAAUCCAGAUUAUCUCAACCAUGCACCUACUACAAUGUCUCAACACACUGUUACAAAUAAUUUAAACAACGCUGUUUACUAUGUGAAUCGCACAGGAGUUGUUUAAACAGUUUAAACAUGUGUUCAAAAUCUUAACCACUUAUGCUUAAAUCAAUGAUAAUUAAAUAUUUGAAUUUAAUCUUUAGUGUUGUUUCAGAUUUUGAACACUUGUUUAAAAUGUUUAAAAAAACUACUGUGCGAUUCACAUAGUGAAUAGCGUUGUUAAUAUUAUUUUUAACUGUGCAUGAAGCAUUUUUUAAAUCAAAUUCAAAUUCAAAUUAAGUUUUCUUUCCAACUAAACGAAAGAUAAUUCAGGUAAUAUUAAUACAUUUAUAACAGGCAUUUACAAUACAAAUCCUUGUCGUUUAUUCAUAUACAUUUUAUAAUGUUCAAUGACAUACAUGUAAAUAAUAAACUAAUUCAUAAUGUGAGGCAUACAAGUGAUAGAACUAUCAUAAAAAAUAUUUAAAAAUGGAUACUCCAGCCUGAAAACAGUAACAUCUGAAUAUAUAUUGUGAUAUAUACAUGUACAGUAUAAAUGGGCAAAACGCUGAAAAUUUCAUCAAAAUCUGAUAAAACAACUAUUCAAUUUGUUAGUUUAGCGAUAUGUAGUGAAAAUAGCUAUCUGCAAGCAAUGGCCAGUGAUAGGUGGGCUGAUGAUGUGUGGUCCCAACUUUCCCUUUCCUUAUUUUAUUAAAGGACAUCACAAUACAUGUGUGUAAAAUAAGUUUCAACAUUGAUGAUAGCAGUAACCAUUCCGACAAUAAUUUCACCAAAGUAACGCAAUGCUUGAAAAAUCCUUGUCAAAUUUUGAUCUGGUUUUCAGUGUUUUGUUUAUCACUCUUUGCCUGAGGACCCCUUCAUUACUGUAUGGAUCUAUACAAUGUAAAUAAUUUAUUUGUGUAUAUAGAGUAUGUUGGUGAGGAUUAUUUACUGGAAUGCUGAGAAAACAAUAUUGGUUGGUUGUUGGUAAACAACCAGGGAACCGACGGCUUAAGGUCCUCUCCGAGGGACCUGAUGAUAACGUCGUACCAAAGGGCUCUAGCGCUCUAGGUCUAUAUUAUGUUCAUGUAUGUGCGCCAUCCCCGAAUCAUAUCUGACUACAGUAUAAUGCACAUGUGUUUUUUUUUUAUAUUCUAAUGGUUAUCGUGUAAUAUACAUAUCCAUCAACAUAUUUUCUUAAAGUGUGGAUACAUUUUGCUCCAAUGUGUCUUUGUUUAUUUUAUCAUGUAAUGACUUCAUUUGAUCAGAUGAUGAGUCAUAAUUUCGAUAAUAGUUUCUUCUCCAAUUCCAGUUUGUUGGGCACAACGAAAGUUUCUAUUGAAUUUGAUCACAUGCAUAGGAUGAGGACCCCAUGUAUAUUAUGUAAAUAAAGUAUUCUCUGUUAUCUCCUAUACUAAUGUGAAAGAACGCAAUGUAAACAUGUAAUCACUUUGCAAAUAUGUUCCAAUAUAACACAGUGACUGUGUAAAAUUUGUACAUAUUCUUUGUCAUGUUCACACUGUGUCACAUUAUGUGUGGUAUUCUGAUAUAACCAUAAUGAGGAAAGUACAAUGAAUUUUAACGAAUUAGUUG